AUGGCCAAAUCAACGUCAACAUAUAAACGUUUUGUAAAAGAAUCGGAUAUUGAUAAAGCAAAAAACGUUUUCAUAUUAAAUAAACAUGAAGAUGUUACUAUAAUUUGGUUUGAUGAUCAUAUUGAUCAAGAAAUCAAAGAUUUAUUACAACAAUUACAUCAUCAUCUCGUUUAUUGUUCACAAUAUCAACAGCUAAUAAAUAUAAUUGAUCAAUUACAACAAGAAAAAAUUAUAUUAAUUGUAUCUGGUCAAUAUUCACGUCAAACUUUAACGAUUGUUAAUGAUCAAAUUGAUUCAAUUUAUAUAUUUUGUUUUGAUUUUCAAACAUAUCAAGAUUUAAUUGAUCUUAGAAAGAAAUAUUCAAAACUAAUUGGUAUAUAUACGGAAUAUAAUCAAUUAUUUGAAACAUUAGAAAGACAUAUACAUUCAGUACAUUUAUCAAUCUUUAAACUUGUUUCUGAUAAUAAUAAAUCAACAAGAAAUUUAACAGAUGAAUAUAUAGAUUAUGUAUGGUAUCAAUUAUUACAUGAAAAUUUAUUAAGAACAGAAACAAAACAACUUGAAGAAUCUAAACAAGAAAUGAUUGAUUAUUGUCGUUCAUAUUAUUAUAAUGAUAAUAGAAAUCAAAAAGAAAUAAAUGAAUUUGAACAACAAUAUGAUUCAUCAAAAGUUAUUGAAUGGUAUACAAGAAAUCAUUUUCCAUUUAAUUUUAUUAAUAAAGCAUUAAGAACAGAAGAUCAUUAUAGUUUAUAUAAAUUAAGAUAUUUUAUUAUUAAUCUUUCCAAACAAUUAAAAUCUAUUUAUGAUGAAAAUAUUGAAUUCUAUCAAGAUAUAUUUAAUCCAUAUUUAACGGUUUAUCGUGGUUUAACAUUAGAUAAUAAUGAUAUUCAACAAUUACAACAAUCAAUAGGAAAAUAUAUAUCUACAAAUGGUUUUUUAUCAACAAGUUUAAAACGUGAAGUAGCAGAAUUAUUUGUUGCCAAUGUUUUAUUUAUAAUUAAUAUUAGUACAAAAUCAAACAAACAAAUAUAUGCUUAUAUAGCACAAUGGAGUAAAAUACCUGAUGAAGAAGAAAUUUUAUUUGAUUUAAAUAUUUUAUUUCAAAUUAAUGAUAUACAUAAUGAUGGACAAAAAUGGAUAGUAUCUAUAACAGCAGUAGAACAGAACGAAAAUCUCAUCCAUGACGUUCUAAACAGAAAAUUAGAAUUGAACCAAAUAAAUAUAGACAAAAAUGUGUAUGAUAAGAGUUACACUAUUCAAUUAAUUAAAUAUUUUGAAAAUUUAUUAAAAUUUUCCGAUAGUACAAGAGAUGAUAAUGAAACAGCAGAUAUUUUAAUUGCAUUAUCAGAAGCAUAUAGCAGAGAUGGACAAAUUGAUUUAGCUUUAAAAUGUGCUAUAAAAGCAUAUCAUCUAUCUGCAAAAUUUAAUGGAAUAUCUUGGUUAGUUCCAUUUAGUUUACGAUCGAUAGCUGAAAUUUAUGAAGAAAAUCAAGAUUAUAAUGAAGCAUUAAUUGUUUUUUCAUUUGCAUUAGAUACGGUUCAUGUCUCUGAUGUUGAACAGAUCGAAGAAUUACAUUAUGAUAUUGGUAAAAUAUUUUUUAUAGAACAAAACUAUCAUUUAGCAUAUAAACAUUUUCAACAAUCAUUAGAAUAUUUACAUAUUACAGAUCGUCCAUUGUAUUUGCUCAUUGCUGAUAGAUAUGACUACGUUGGUCAAGUGUAUGAAAAACUAAUACAUUACAAUAAAGCGAUUGAAUAUUAUAAUAAAUCAUUACAAAUGAAAAUGAUUAAUUUACCAUUGAAUCAUUUAAGUUAUCAAAAAAAUGAUUAUAGAUUUGCUUAUGUUUAUUAUUUAAUGAAACGAUAUGAUUUAUGUUAUGAAUAUUCUGUAAAAGCAUUAUCAGUAAAUGAACAUGAAGAAAUUGUAGUACAUGCAAAUUUUAAGGAUAAUAUUACUUAG